AUGUGCAGCACAAUGGACAGCGCGUUCUCUGAUCUGGACAGCUCCAGCUGUGACUUUUCCUUUCCUCACACGGAUGAUGAGGAUUCCCGCGGUAGCAUGCACGCCGCCUCGUCCUCGCCCUCACCCGCGUCGUCGCUUGCAUCGUCAGGGAACAGCGCACAGGACGCCGGCGAGCUGCAGCAGCAGAAGAAGAAGCGCAGGGGCCGGGUCCGGAGCGAGGCCGCCAUUCACGUGGUAAAGAAGAACCGCAGGCUGAAGGCCAACGACCGCGAAAGGAACCGGAUGCACAACCUGAACGAUGCGCUGGACGCUCUGCGGAGUGUGCUGCCUGCCUUCCCGGAUGACACCAAGCUCACCAAAAUCGAGACUCUGCGCUUCGCUCACAACUACAUCUGGGCACUCUCUGAAACCAUCCGCAUCGCGGACCAGCGCGGGAACAAAGCGAGAGACUCCUCACCGGCAGUGACCUGCGUGGCGGAAGUACCGAGCCCAGGGAGCGACGCGUGCUCAUGGGCAUCAAGCGCAUCCUCUUCAGGCUCCUCUCCAUCCUAUAGCUCUUCUAACCCCGGCAGCCCGGAGGCGAUGGACGAUUACGGAUUUCUGCAAGCAGACGUGGUUUACUGCUACCACAGCUACCCUGGCAUUUAUUAA